UUCAUAACCGCGAGCUCGUCGUUCCCAACGUCUUACGCAUCCCUUUCCCCAACUACCACCAUACACGAGCUGUUUUAACAUCACAUCCACGAACGCCAUGUCCAUGCUCGCUACCACCGUCCGCAACGUCGCCCGCACGCGCGUCCCGCGCGCCGCGCCGUCACUCGCGCUCUCCAUGCAGGCGCGCUCGAAGCACACGCUCCCCGAGCUCCCGUACGCCUACGACGCGCUCGAGCCCCAUAUCUCGGGCCAGAUCAUGAAGCUGCACCACCAGAAGCACCACCAGACCUACGUGACCGGCCUCAACGCUGCUGAGGAGAGCUUCGCAAAGGCGAGCUCGCCGAAGCAGAAGAUCCUCCUCCAGCCUGCGCUCAAGUUCAACGGUGGAGGUCACAUCAACCACUCGCUCUUCUGGAACAACCUUGCGCCUCAGGGCCAGGGCGGUGGUGAACUCAAGGCGGGUCCUCUCAAGGAUGCUAUUGACGCUGACUUUGGUGGCCUCGAUGGUCUGAAGAAGCAGCUGAACGCUGCAACGGCAGCCAUCCAAGGCUCCGGCUGGGGCUGGCUCGGCUACAACCCGACCACGAAGAAGCUUGAGACUGUCACCACGGCUAACCAGGACCCCCUGCUUUCGCAUGUUCCGAUCAUCGGCAUCGACAUCUGGGAACAUUCUUACUACCUCCAGUAUUACAAUGUGAAAGCGGACUACCUCGGUGCGAUUUGGAACGUCAUCAACUUCGGCGAGGCGGAGGCACGUUAUGUCGAGGCUGCUAAGCAGUAAGCAGUGGCAAUGUUUCUGACGACGUGCGUACUGUGUAAAAUAGACUUCUAAUGCUUUGUCACUGUCUGCUUUGUGUGCACAUUGUCCGGUCUUCCGCUCAACAUUCAACGUUCAGCGCUCGCAUCCAAGCAUUCAACCGUUCA